CUCAGCUGCUCAGGGGCGGGGAGAAGUGGGGAGCGAUGCUGGUCUGUGAGCCGCAGCUUGGGCUGGCAGAGCUGCCUGGAGGCGGGCCAGGGCGCGAUGGAGGCCGGGGGCUCCCCACGUCUGGAACAAAGACCUCACAGGCAGGUCUCUUGAGGCCUGGCCGGCAGGGCACUGAUGAAGGCAAAUCGAGGCCACGGGUGGGAUGGCUGACUCUGAGAGGAGCCGCCGGUGAUUGUGGGGCAGCAGCAGCCCAGUCUCCUGAAGAUGAAGUGGCCCAGGUGAAUGCCAGGCCCCAUGGCCAGCUCAGGGACAGAGGUGCGCUGGGCGGGGCCUGGCCUGGGGAAGGGACCCCAGCGGCGGCGACGCUGGGCCUGGGCCGAGGAGGAGAAAGAUGCAGAUAGAAGCAGCACAUGUGGCUGGGGUGACGAUGCACAGCCCUUCCUGGGCACCACCAGCCCAGAGCUCCUGGAGGACUUCCGCCUGGCACAGCAGCACGGGCUACCCCUGGAGUGGAACCUGGACCUGCGAGAGCUGGGAGGGUCUUCAGGAGAAGAGGUUGAAGCAGAGGAUGUGGACAGCUCAGAAGAUGUGGACAGUCCAGAGGGCUCCCCCCUGCCUCUCAGUUGGCACCCCUGGCAGGGCCAUCAACCCGACAUGUGUGAAAAGGAGCCAGAUGUGACCCCCACAAGUACUGAGGCCAAGGAAGCUGGGGCGAGCUCCCCACGGUUGGGGUGUGAGGCUGACCCCAGCUCAGAGGACAAUGAAAACCCCAGCGCCGUGGAUGUGGGGUGGGGUCAGGCCAGAGACUGGGUGGCCUCUAGCAAAGCAGCCAGUGGAAACAAGCAUUCGGAGCAUUCAGAGGUCAACCCACCCGCAGAACUCAGCUUGGCCAGAUCCUGGAGCAGUGGCACCGUGAGCCUUGGCCAGCCUAGUGACAGCCUUGAUUCUACCUGGGAAGGAGAGACUGAUAUCCCUCUGUCCUCUGCCGUAGCAGAAAUCCUGCCACGGAGCCCCAGCCCCCACCUCCUACCCCCAGAUGACAGAACUGGAGAUGGCGUUGCCCCGGUGACACCUACGGAAUUCCAGGGAUCCUCAGCUCUGCCAGCCCAGAGCCCCCAGAGUGAUGCAGGUAGAUGGAGGGCAGAGCCUGCCAGCCUGCCCAGCUCACAGCUCAAGGGCCAAACCUGCAGGUGGACAAAGACAUCACCUGAGCCACUGCCCUCCCGAUUCACUGGCUCCAGCAGCCCUCUGACCCCUCGGCCUAGGCCGGCCCAGAAGGACAGAUCAGAGCCCAGGCAGGGGGAUACUCUGGCUGGCCGUUCCUCGUCUGAUGCCCCCAAGUAUGGCCGGGGGCGUCUGAAUUACCCACUCCCUGAUUUCUCCAAGGUGGGACCCCGGGUGAGGUUCCCCAAAGAUGAGAGCUACCGACCCCCCAAGUCCAAGAGCCACAACAGGGAGCCUCAAGGCUCUGUUGGACCCCUGAUCUUCAAAUCACCAGCUGAGAUCGUGCGAGAGGUGCUACUGAACAGCGGAGACGUGUCCCUGGCCAAGGACCCACACUCUGCCCAUCCUGUCACCAUGGUGCCCCAGGAGUUUCAGACACCUGAGCAAGCCACAGAGCUGGUCCAUCAGCUCCAGGAAGACUACCACAAGCUCCUCACCAAGUAUGCCGAGGCUGAGAACACCAUUGACCAGCUGCGCCUCGGGGCCAAGAUCCACCUGUACUCAGAUCCACCCCGACCCAGCCAGAGCAUCCACAUGGGGACGGUGCCCCAGGGAACCAAGGUCUUGUCCUUCACCAUCCCCCAGCCCCGCUCAGCAGAGUGGAGGCCCAGCCCCACCAAGCAGUCCCAAGCCUCGGAGGUGGCAGGGUGGCCAACAACCCAAGGAGAACUGAGCUCCUCCUCGCAUGCCAAAAUGCCCACCCCAGGGUGGCUUCCAGAGUGUCAGGGCACUGCCACCACCCAACCCUCCACAGAGUGGACCCAGGUGCUGGCUUCUCAGGCCAGCCAGCUCCUGGCCAAGGUGGAAUCCUUUGAGAGACUGAUGCAGGCGGAGCAGCUCACACCCCAGGACCAACUCAAGGGCUUCCUGCGACUGAGGGCUGCCCACACGGCACUGGAGGAGGAGUACCUGAGGGCCUGCAGGGAGCUGCCCUCUGCCCCCCAGCUUGUCGACUCCCAGGGGACACCCCGGAAAUUCGAUCCCAGCAGGGAGCUGGAGGCAGAGAUUUAUCACCUGGGAAUCCGCUUGGAGGAAAUGCAGGAUCAGGUGGACCAGAUGCAGCGGGAGCCCGAGCCAUCCAGGGCAGAAGUGACUCUGGACGGUACUCCAGUCCCAUCCAUCCCCCACUUGCCAGCACCCCUGCCUGCUCCUUCGGGUCAAGCAUCCAUGUCCACGGCAGCCAGCCAGAUCCCACACCCAGAGGCCCAGCCCACCGCUGGCCCCUGCUCCCUGCACGUGGACAGAGAGAGGAGCCUUGGCAGCAGCAAGACAGAGCUCAGCCCGCGAGGCCUCCCUGUCCCACUCAGGCACAAGGAGCUGCGAAUGGAGCAGGACUUCCACGGCCUCCUCCAGCGGUACCUCAGUGUGAAGUCCGUCCCAGAAGCCCUGCAGGUGGAGGAGGAGAAGGAGCAGCAGGGCAAGGAUGAGGAAGGAGAGGAGGAAGAGGAGGAAGAAGGAGAGGAGGAAGAGGAAGAGAGCCAUCACACCCCGAGAGUCAAUGGGCCGGCUUCAGCUUCAAGCAAAGCAGAAGCCACCAGGGUUCCCCCCUGGCGGCACCCAGCACAGGCUGAGCGAAGUCCCAGGUCACCUACCCAGGACAAUGUGGAGCAUAUGGUCUCCAGGAAGCUGCCAGGCUUCCAGACGUCAAAGGCAAGGCACAGGCACCUGCCAGGCAUGUGUAAAACUCAGACAGCUCCUCUGGGGCCCGGUGUACCCCCCAACUCAGCAGACACCACAGCUGCAGCAUCUCACCAGAGCAGCCUGAGCAGCCUGGAGGGGAGCGGCCUCUCGGAGCACCUCGCGCAGAAGACUUUGCCUCAGGAGUCCUGGAUGGCCUCUCCUGAGACAGACAGUGGUUUUGUGGGCUCAGAAACCAGCCGAGUGUCACCCCUCACCCAGACCCCCGAGCACCGGCUCUCCCACCUCAGCACCCCAGGAACGUUUCCCCAGCAUGUCACUGCAUCUGUGCCCCACAUGAGAAACUCCCACCCUAAGGCCAGGGGUCCUCUGGUUCCCAGGAGAGAAGCUGGGCCCAGCACCCCCAGACACCGAGCCGUGUGGAACCUGUCCGGCAGGAGUGGUCACCCCCAGAACAGGACACCUGCCUCCCACCUGGAGCAGGCAUUUUCGGUGGCAAUGGGGCUCCCUGGUUCAGAGUUUCGGGGCCGAAAGCAGAUUUCUGAAUGGCUGCUCCCCAGCAGGACAACCAACCCUGAGCCCACACAGGUCCCUGGAGCUGCCCCAUCUACUCCUGGACCAGCAGAGACCACUUCCGACCUCCUCCUCACCAGAACAGAGCGAGACCAGGCCAUCCGUGAGCUGCAAGCAGAGGUGUCCCGGCUCCGUCUGCGGCUAGAGGACAGCUUGCAGCCACCUUCCCAGCGCAGCCCAAAGGCUGCAUCUGCCUUUGACCAUGCUGCCCGCACCCGGGAUCGAACCACCAACUCUUCAGCUACCGGGGGCUCCCACAGUGGCAGUAAAUCCAUAGAGAGGUUGUCCAGGGAGCCUGAAGGUACAGAGCGAGCUUGGUCUGCAGGCAGACGACGUUCUCGGUCCUCCUCUGCGCCCCGACUGUCCCCGAGUUCGGAAUGUGAACCGCUCUCCCCACAGCUGCCAUCUGGGAAGAUCAGGACCUCUGAGGACAGUCCCCACACAGCUCCGGACAGCACAAGAGGAACAAGUGUUUCCAGACGGCCAGACAGGGUCUCUUUCCAGGGCCAGUACACAGGCAAGGAUUACCAUGUCCUGUUCCCUAAAACCAUCCUGAGGGGCAGCAGCUCAGCCUCCUGUGCCCACUGCCAACCCAUUAUGGCCCAGGACACAGGAGCUGCUGUCAAAGACCCACUGCGUCUGUCAGCCUCCGGUCCCCUCCUGUGUCCCCUGUGUGGCCGAGCAGGGUCUCCUCCCGAGGGAGACGGCCCCAGCUCAGCCACUUCUGGGACAGACAAGGCAGCCACACGGAAAGACGCGCCUCCAGCUUCCAGCCCCAGGCAGAGGAGCAAGCAGGCAGGCUCCCCUGCACGGCCGCCGUCUGGACUGUGGUACCUGGCAGCUGCACCCCCGCCACCAGCUCCUCCAGCCUUUGCCUACAUCUCCUCGGUGCCCAUCAUGCCUUAUCCUCCAGCCACAGUGUACUAUGCACCCCCAGCACCUACCUCAGCCCCCAAGGCCUCCUCGCGGCCAUCUCGAGGACACCGGCACUCCCUCCAGCUGGACCUAGAUGACCUGCAGGAGAUGCACAGGGCCCUGAGCCGGGCUGUGCAGGUUGCCAAGAGUGUGCGCUCCACCAGUCGGCAGAUGCGCCGGUCACUGUCAGCUGACCUGCGCCAGUCCCAGGGCCUGCGGGACUCCUGCCUCUUCUGACUCCCUGGAAGCUCCUGGGACCCAGCCCAGGAUGGAGAUGCUGGAGAUGCUGACACCGGAAGGAGCCCACAGCCCCCUCCCAGGAGGCUCACUCACCUGCUCAGAUUAGUGUGUUCUUAAUAGGGACGGAUGCUGCACCAUGAGGAGCCACUUCCCAAAGGCACCAGCAGUCCAGGAGGUGCCCUGACCAAGGCCACAUCUGGCCAGAUGGAGUCUCUGGAACUCUCCUCCCUGGCCUCUGCCUUUGUCCAUUCUCACUGGUACCAUCUACUUUAUAUACAGAUGGACAGAAGUUUUGUGCUGAGGAGUUGUCCUGUCUCACCUCCUCCUCAAAAGGCGAGAGAAGAUGGGAAGGCCAGGUGCUCUGGACCCAACCUGUCCCCCACCUAUGUCCAGCCACCCUGGGGCACAUGUCUCAGGAAGGGCCUGUUCAGAGACCUUGCUCCUAGUGACUGGUGGGCAGAGGGGCAUUUAGGGACAAGUGGGACAUCUUAGGAUGUGAUGCUGACGGGUGAGAUGUGCCCAGCUCCUCCAUGGUUGCAUGAACCUUUCUCGUAGGUCUGCUGGGGAAUGGAGGCCAUUCACAGCAGGCCCGAAAUGCCAUCCACCCCAUCCCUCUCUGUACCUCGCCUCAAGGCCUGGGCUCUUCCCUAGGCCGCAGUGGCACUGGAUUGGUGACCAGCUACCUGGCAGGGCCCAGUCUGGGCCUCGAGGCCAGCAUCCUUGCUCCCCAACCUGCAGCAGCAUGUACCUCAGCAUUUCUGCACUGUGUGUGCAUCGCAGAUAUUUGUAUAUUUGAGGCCUUUAAAGUCUAUUUUCGUUACAAGAGCAAAGUAAAAAUGAUCUUUUAAAAAAAAAAAGCAAAACAGUCCCCAAA